AUGGCUUCGCUGUACCAGAGGUUCACGGGCAAGAUCAACACCUCGCGCUCCUUCCCGGCGCCCCCCGAGGCCAGCCACCUCCUGGGCAGCCAGGGGCCGGAGGAGGACGGCGCGGGGCCCAAGCCCCUCGGAGCCCCGGCGCCCGCGGCGGCGCCCCGGGAGCGCGGCGGAGUCGGCGGCGGCGGCGGCGGCGGCGGCGGCGGCGCGGGUGGCCGGCCCCGGUUCCAGUACCAGGCGCGGAGCGAUGGUGACGACGAGGACGAGCUGGUGGGGAGCAACCCUCCCCAAAGGAACUGGAAGGGGAUAGCGAUUGCACUCCUUGUAAUCCUGGUCAUCUGCUCCCUGAUUGUCACCUCGGUCAUACUGCUGACACCAGCGGAAGAUACUAGUCUGUCUCAAAAGAAGAAGGUCACAGUGGAAGAUCUCUUCAGUGAUGAUUUCAAAAUUCACGACCCUGAGGCUAAGUGGAUAAGUGAUAAAGAAUUCAUCUACAGAGAACAGAAAGGAAGUGUGAUCCUGCGGAAUGUUGAAACAAAUAUUUCUACAGUGUUAAUAGAAGGCAAAAAAAUUGAAUCAUUAAGAGCCAUCCGAUAUGAAAUAUCUCCAGAUAAGGAGUACGCUCUGUUUUCAUACAACGUGGAGCCAGUGAGUGUAGGGACUGAUGUCAGCAUUGCGGGGAGCCCUCCGUCUCCGUCCGCAGCACACGGAAGAGUGAGGCUUGGUCAGGCGCCUUCCCACAGCCGCUCUGAUGGCAGGAGGCGAGGCUGGCCUUCAGAGAAUUCUCCUGCCUCCUCUCCAGGGCCCAAAGCCACCCUGUCCCCCCUGGAAGUACGCCCAGACCUUUCCCCCUUUAUUCUGUGA